GCGUUUUCAUUUCUAUGUGGCACUACCGUGAGGAUUAUACUUCCAGGUGAAACAGGGCCAAUUUGAGGAUAAGCUCGCCAUGGUUGACAUGGCCAAGCUGGGAGCAGGAUUGUCGUUGGGUGCCGCGACAUCCAUGCCCAAUUCCACUCGACAACUCCAUCGCACCAUGCUGCUUCGGAUGCCAAGUUCAUUCCAGAAUGUUUCGGCAACAGGACGACGAUUUUUGUGUGUGCGGGCGGAGUCCAAGGACGCUUCCGGUACGGUGGAGAAAACGGAUGUGAGUCCGAAUGAACCUGCUACAAUUCCAGCUCGAAUUUCGAAAGAACCAAGGCGUUUCUUCGUAAGAUCAGAUCAGUGGUUGAACAUUCUCGGUGGAUCCAUCGGUUUGCCUCUUCGACUUGGAACCGGUGCCUUUGUCAACGGAUAUAAAGUUGGGUUUGUAUCUGCAAACCAGUUUCCCUCAGAGAAGUACUCUUUUUUUGAGAUUGCUGGUUGGAAGUUGGUGGAGACAGGGAAACCGGGGGCCAGGCCAGAGAAACCUAUUGAGCUUUAUGAGUUUGAAGGCUGUCCUUUUUGCCGCAAGGUGCGAGAAAUUGUUUCAGUCUUGGACCUUGAUGUUCUGUAUUAUCCCACACCAAAAAAUGGAACAACUUUUCGACCAAAAGCCAUCAAAAUGGGAGGAAAGAAGCAAUUUCCUUAUAUGGUCGAUCCGAACACUGGUGUAUCAAUGUAUGAGUCAGACGACAUCAUUAAGUAUCUGGUUGAGAACUAUGGUGAUGGAAAUGUUCCACUAGCACUUUCACUUGGACCUAUUACUACAAUCACCGCUGGACUUGCAAUGUUGGGUCGAGCAGGAAAGGGUGGAAAGUACACUCCAUCUCAACUACCUGCAGAGCCCUUAAGGCUGUGGGCAUAUGAGCCGUCGCCCUUCUGUAAGAUUGUUAGAGAGACGUUGGUGGAGCUUGAGUUACCACAUUACUACUACAGCACGGCCCGGGGGAGUACGAAGAGGGAUGAGCUUUUGUUGAGGAGUGGUCAUUUUCAGGUUCCUUACCUUGAGGAUCCCAAUACCGGCGUACAAAUGUUUGAGAGUGCAGAUAUUGUUGAGUAUCUUCUUCAAACUUACGCACUGCCCGCCCCGCAAGCAUCUUGAUCUCUAGUGGAACACAUGAGUUUAAGUCGGAAUUGCAUGUAGUUUCCGUGUGGAGCAGUUUCUCACUUGUUUCAGGAUUGAAACACCGUGGGUUGUAAGAUUAUGUACAUUGUUACUUUUCAUGUGUGUGUGACAUUAAGUUAGGCCACUCUUAAAUUUCAUUAUGCCGGAGAAUAAUCUUUGAUUGCAAAGCACAUGGAAUGUAACGACUUGUACUAUAGUAUCCCAAAAGCCAAAAUAAAAUUGAAGGACUUUUAGCUGGUGUUGAACCCUAAAUUUUUAUUUAUAUUCAAAACUUUCAAAUAAAAAUUAAUAUCAAAUGC